AUGAGUCCCAGACGAAGUGAAAGACUGCGAGACUUCGGUCACGACUCCGGUGACCAUCAUGAUCAUGGAGAAGAGACCGAUAGUGACAGUGACGAUGGACAUCCCCUCGGUGGAUCCAGCGCUACAACAGUGACCAGCAAUUCGACACCAAACAUGGCAUCUGACAGCGAGAUAAUCGGACUGUCCAAAGUCAAUCUCUCAGAAACUGCAGGUCAUCGCUGGGCCAGGAACUUUUAUUUAUCCCACGUCAUCCUUGGUUUGAUGUUAGCGCUAAUGGCACGACUCAUCUUGUUCGGUCAACAUUCUACGCCGCCUGUCAUCGAAGUAAUCCAACUUGAUGCAAUGGCCAUCAACUUCUCUCGCCGUGUCCAUAAUAUCCUCCCUAGACUCACUUUAGUCGCUGACAAAACUUCUUCUCUACCUGCCGGCUUGAACACUCUCGAUUCCCCUUUUGGAACUACUCGUCUCGGUGUAGUUGAGCUAGUCCGCAGGCUCAGCCACUCUACCGCAUCUGACAUCAAAGACGCAACGCAGAGAUCUGACAUACCACGCAUGAAUCUUGUGUCGUAUGAGAAGGUCCUUGAUGCGGAACGACUUGUCGACGUACAUGCUGAGGCCGCUCAAAAGGCUUGGGGAUAUAUCGCUUGGCUACCUAGGGAUUGGCUCACCAUGGAUCUUGACUCCGAUUUACCGUGGUGGAGGGUAUAUCAGACUUUCUGGUGCGGCGGCACACUUGACGCUCUCUCCAGUCUUGAACAGACAUUGGAGAGCAUUACCGUCGAACAGAAUGACCCAUUCUUCCAUCGUGUUAAUAUAACCCCGAGUCAUUACUCCCAUCGACUACCAGCAAAACUUACACCGAUGGCGGAAUGGGUUCUCCAGUUUUAUUCGAAGCGCUUCAAAGCCGAUCGCUGGAUGGGCGGGUCCUGCGCCUUUCUCUCAAAAUGCUCUCGAUUGUCAGAUGAUGACUUUAUUUACCCAGCCUGUUAUGCCUUGUGGACGGAAAAUACCUUCGAUUUGCAACAACACUUUGAACGCACCGCCAGACGUACCCCGGCGAAACUUGGACCUCCCUAUCCUUCUAUCGAGCCCGAAGUGUUUAUGGUUGCGAGAAGCGUGGUGGGCUUAUAUGUGGCUGCGAUGCAAAUGGUGGCACAAAACUGUGUCUUUUUAUGA